GUCCUCCCAUGUCCCUCUCUCUAACCUGAGCUUUUUAAUUUCCUCCACAGCUUCUGCCCUCUUCCUUCUUCCAUCGCAAAGCAGAAAGCUCUUCACGCUUCAACUUGCAAAAAAUCCAGCUAAGGAAAAAAAAUGGAAGAAGGCUGUGAGGGGGAGAGAUGGAUUGGCUAUGUGGAUUGGAGAGGAAGACCAGCUCUGAGAAGAAAGCAUGGAGGGAUGGCUGCGGCUUCCUUCGUCUUAGUUGUGGAGAUAAUGGAGAAUCUGGCUUUCUUAGCCAAUGCGAGCAACUUGGUGACCUACUUGGAUGGCUUCAUGUAUUUCUCGCCUGCUCGCUCUGCAACUACUGUUACCAAUUUCAUGGGAACAGCUUUCCUCCUCGCUCUGCUCGGCGGCUUUCUCUCUGAUGCUUUCUUCACCACCUAUGUCAUCUACCUCAUUAGCGCCCUCAUUGAGUUCUCAGGACUAAUCAUCCUGACAAUCCAAGCCCGUUCUCCCAGCCUAAAGCCUCCACCUUGCGCCUCCGCCGCCCUAGCCUCAUGCCAAGAAGCGACCGGCGGCAAAGCCGCUAUGCUCUUCAUCGGCCUCUACCUCACUGCACUUGGCAUCGGCGGCAUAAAAGGCUCCCUCCCGGCCCACGGCGCAGAGCAGCUCGACGAAACCACCCCCGAAGGCCGGAAACAACGCUCAACUUUCUUCAACUACUUCGUGUUUUGCCUCUCCUGCGGCGGCCUCAUCGCCGUUACCUUCGUCGUCUGGGUCGAAGACAACAAGGGCUGGCAAUGGGGCUUCGCCAUCUCCACCUUCACCAUCCUCCUCUCCAUCCCCACUUUCCUCUCCGGUUCUCUGCUUUACCGCAACAAACUCCCCAACGGAAGCCCCCUCACCGUAAUAGCCAAGGUGUUUCUCGCCGCCAUCUUCAACUCUAGCUCGACUCAAAGUCAAAGCAAUGUCGUCGUUGAUCUAUUUACCACCCCCAUCAACACCAAUGAAGCAGCUAAACAGACUGAUGAUCAAUCAGCAUUGCAGAGCAAAGAGCUAAAAUUUCUCAAUCGAGCUGUAAAUUGCAAUCCAGCUCACAAAGCGCUGAUUUGCAGUCAUAAGGAGGUGGAAGAAGUGAAAAUGGUGGUGAAAAUUCUGCCAAUUUUUCUCCUGACUAUAAUGCUUAACUGCUGCCUCGCUCAGCUCUCCACUUUCUCCGUUCAACAAGCGGCGACAAUGGAUACUCGGGUGGGCGGGCUGACGGUCCCGCCUGCCUCCCUUCCAAUCUUCCCUGUAAUCUUCAUAAUGGCUCUCGCCCCCUUAUACGACCACGUAAUCAUCCCCAUGGUCCGAAAGCUGACCCGAACCGAAACCGGUAUAACCCACCUCCAAAGAAUCGGGAUCGGCUUAGUCCUCUCCAUCGUCGCAAUGGUCACGGCGGCGCUGGUGGAAGUGAAGAGGAAACGCGUGGCCGAGAAUUCUGGUCUAGUCGAUUCAAUCGAACCGUUACCGAUAUCGUUCUUCUGGGUUGCGUUGCAGUAUCUGUUUCUCGGUUCAGCGGAUUUGUUCACAUUAGCCGGCCUACUGGAGUUCUUCUUCACGGAGGCGCCGGCGGGGAUGAGGUCUCUGGCGACUUCGCUGUCGUGGGUCUCGCUGGCGAUGGGAUAUUACCUUAGUUCGGUGCUGGUGUCGAUUGUGAACAGGGCGACGCGGCACGGCGGCCGGCAGGCCUGGCUGGAAGGAAGGAACUUGAACCAUUAUCAUCUGGAGAGGUUCUACUGGCUCAUGUGUGGCUUAAGCGCUGUGAACUUCGGCCAUUAUCUGUUUUGGGCGAUUAGAUAUAAGUAUAGAUCGAAGGAGGAAAGAUUGAACUUUGAAAGGUUGAAUUAUGGAUAAUCGUUUGAUUUGUGUGGAUAUGAUUAAACUUUAUAGAAAUUAGACCGUUAUAUAUAUAAAUUUUGAAAUAGUGAAGAGGCUGUGAGUUGGAGAGUAUGGUUUUGACCUAAUGGGGAUGGUGAAGGGGAGAAGUUAGUUAAUUCAUGGGCAGUUUUGCUGUAAUCUGUUCUACAGAGUGGUUCGAGCUGUAUUUAUUUUGUGAGUAACAGAUCCCUAUCAGUACUGUCAAAUUUGGGCUCUUUCCUCAAGAGAGCAAAAAAUUGAAAAAAAAAAAUUGUAUUUAUGAGACUGUUCA